AUGCUAAUGUCGCAACUAAUUCGAAAUGUGGUGGUAUUUGCGGCUAGCAGUAGUCUGGGUCGUGCUCUUGUAGAAGCACUACAACGAGAAGGAUUCACCGUGUCAGCUAUGACAAGGCCAUCGAAUUCCAUUUUGUAUGGGCCCAGUGUUACUAUGCAUCGUAGUGAAUACGAUGGCUUCGACGCACUUGUCUCCAUCUUUCGGGGACAGGAUGCAGUCGUCUCCACGACCAGAACUUUUGCCUCCAAAUAUCAGUUGACGGCUAUCAACGCCGCAGCCGCAGCAGGAGUGCGCAGGUUCUUACCUAGCGAGUAUGGAGGGAACACAUCCUUGGUUGGCGUGACCAAUUAUCCCCCCUUUGCUGCUGAGAAAAAGGCUAUUGUCGACCAUCUUCGUACCAAGGAGUCACAGGAAGGUCGCGGAACCUUGGGGCGGGAUAUUGACAAGGGCGAGGUGACAAUCUAUGAUUCAGGUAACCAGGAAUACGAUACAAGCACUGUUGACCAAAAUCAAACUCUAUCUGCGAUGGAGAGGAUUCAAGGAAAGGCAUACAAAGUCAGUCGUGACACUUCUGCUGCGGCAAUUGCUCGAGGCCUGGAGCAGCUAGAGAGAGGAGAAGUUGAAGCACGCUAUCAUGAUCUUGUAACAGGAACGAUAUAUGACCCCGGUCAUUUCACACUCUUCAAGGAUGAUGAAGUUAGCAAAUGGAAGAAAAUUCUCCAACUAAAUGGCAAUGAGGAUCUUGAUGGAGUUAUCACAGAAGUAUUGCGCAAGAAACAUCUCAUCUAG